AUGAAUGAAGAUGCACUCAUAUUCCAACAAUUCACAGAGCAACUUGAAGAGGAGGCAGAUGAAGAGUACUGGGAGAUGGGUGCUGCUUCACUCGGCGUCAUAGUGGGAGGUGCCGAGAUCUCACGUCAGUUACGGAAUGAACGACGUCGUGAAACCCGCCAAUAUCUUACCCGCCCUGAACUCCUGGAGAACCCCCGGAUUGCGACACCAUGGACCUCCCUUUACGACAGCAGGAGUGACCGUGCAUAUAUCACAACCAUGGGGUUCGAUGUUGCCACCUUCGAUUUCAUUCUCGAGUCGGGUUUUGUACAGACCUGGCUCUCAACACCCAUCCCCCGAACUGAUACCUCUCGUUCAGGAGAUCCACGACCAGGUGGCCGAUCUUUGGAUCCCCCAGGGGCCCUUGGCCUUGUCCUCCAUUAUCUCAGCUCCACGAUGCUCGACGUCAGCUUGCAGCAAAUCUUUGCUCUCAUCCCUGCCACAGUUGUCCGGUAUCUUGACUUCUCACUUGACAUACUUCUCGAGGUCUUGCGAAGAAUGCCAGAUGCCCGUAUCAAGUGGCUGAAGGGUGGCCCAGGUGGUGGGCAAUUCCAAGAAUACAAUGAUCUUAUCAUUGUUCGACAUCCUCGACUGAUUGGGGCCUUCGCUGCCAUCGACGGAUUGAAUCUUCCUGUCCAAACAUCGGAGGAUGAAGAUAUUGAGAAUGCUACCUACAACGGGUGGCUCUCAGAGCAUUUUGUCAGCUCAGUACUUGUGUUCUCACCGAAAGGCAAGAACAUCAAUGCUAUUGCAGUUGGCACGAUGCUAAUGUUGCUCAAGUGGGGAAAUCGAGGUCUUCAAGGAGCAUUUGGUCGUCUCCGUGUUCCACUUCCCAUUGACAAUGCAGAACGUCGAGGAAAUCUCCUUGAGAUCUGCAAUCGCCUCAAUAAUCUGCGCACAAGACGAGUGGGAAUCAAUCAGAUCCGGACUGUAUACAUGCGAUACUGGCAGGACACAGCUGAGGACAUUGAUAUCUGGCAGAACUUUGAGAAUAUGCUCUUCUCAGAUCAAUGA